AUGUCUUCAGAAGUGAUGCAGGAAACGAUAUGGGACUGUCUGAUGUCCAAUAUCCUGCGCCAAAUAGUCAUAAACAAUAUUCUGCAAGAACAGGCACUCCGAUCAAGUAUUAAAGCCAUUUCCAACGAUGACCAGAUCAGCCUUAAGGAAAUCAACGCUCAAAGAUUGAAAUUUGUGAAAGACGAUAAGGACAUAUUUAAUCAUAUUAACGGCAAGAGAUCGGAGAAUAAGUACAAUGGAACGGGAGCAGAUGCAAGCAAUGGGACGACAGACACUGAAUACUUCACAUGUUUGAAUUGUGACAGAAAGAUCGCUGGGAACCGAUUUGCAAGCCACGUCGACCGUUGUUUGGGAGGAAGAACCCGUAAAUGA